AUGGAUCUCUUCACAGAGGAACAGAUCACCGAGUUCUAUGAAACCUUCUGCCUCUUCGACAAGGACGGAGAUGGUUCGAUCGCAUUGGAAGAACUGUCGAUGGUCAUCACGUCACUAGGCCUGAAGCCUUUUCAAGAAGAGUUGCAGGGAAUGAUCAGCGAAGGCGACGUCGAUGGCAAUGGCACCAUAGAAUUUGCAGAGUUCUUGGGCCUAAUGGCCCACAAAAUGAAGGAUAUUGAUUCGGAGGAGGAACUAAAAGAGGCUUUCAAAGUGUUCGACAAGGACCAAAAUGGCUACAUCUCGGAGGCUGAGCUAAGGAAGGUGAUGAUGAGUCUGGGAGAGAAACUAACCGAUGAAGAGGUAGCUCAGAUGAUCAGGGAGGCAGACUUGGAUGGCGAUGGUCAGGUCAACUUCGAGGAUUUCGUGCAGAUGAUGUCUGCCUGACCAUUGUAUAGAACGAGAGGCAUUCAUCAGUUCAUUUUAGCGCUCUGUCCCAAAAUGGUUGAUGAUUCUUUU